AUGGAUCAGCAUUUUCACCCAGCACCUCUGGGCCAUUACUCUGCGCCAGAGACUGGUCCUCAUCGACUGUUACCGUCCAGAAGUAGCUUGUCUCUUCAGGCUACGAUACGGCAUAUAACAGACCAAGGACCUGUACAUACAAGCAGAACAUGGACGAGUAGUAGCGAUCAUAACAUCCUAAGCGAUACCGACGAAUUGGACGAUCGAGCCGCCUUUGUUCAGGAAUACAACCGCCUAGCAAAAAAGAAUGGGGUGCGAAUAUUGGUGAUUGACGAUUUUGACUUUAGGCAUACUGGAAACGGACUUGGUAGUCCUCGCAAGCAAGGAUGGCUUUAUCGAAUCCUACGGUCCUCUUCCAAUCAUCCUACAGCAGAUACACAACCAGCUCGCCAAGGACAACGUCAUAAGCGAAGUGUCUCCGAUUUCGCCCACAACUUGAUACAUCGUCGAGACCCCAAAAUACUCGAUCUGCAGUCGAUGGUAAGAAUAUGUGGCAAGAGCAUGCUCUACCUCCCACCUGAACACACACCCUCUGCCCUAAUACUUCCAACUUGCAUUCGAGCUACUGCGCAUAACAUCGCUCAGCAUGUCACUACUCGAGGGAUCUUCCGUAUACCGGGGUCAAUUAGAGUAGUCAACAUGCUGUUCGAUUACUACUGCUGUACCGACAAUAUCGACAUCACAAACACUGUGCGAUGCGCAAACCUGCCGAUGCAUGUGCAGGCUUCUGUCCAUGAUGUGGCGUCGACUUUCAAGCGCCUCCUUUCGGUAAUACCCGGUGGGAUACUUGGUUCUUUGGCACUCUUUGACGCUCUGGUCGCAAUCCAUUCGCAGCUACAGGGUGAUCCAGAGUUCCCUCGCACCAAACAGACCAAGGUUCGGGCCCGACUCAUCGCCUUGGCUAUCGCAACGGUUCAAUCUCAAUUUCGGAGGGAGCUCAUAUGCGCUGUCUUUGGACUCUUGAGUCUGAUUGGAAGAGUGGCAGAAAUCACCCCCAGAGAAGAUGAAGAAGGUCGAUCACUACCCACAGGAGACCUCAUGGGCUACAAUGCACUCGGCAUCGUCUUCGGACCUCUCCUCAUAGGCGACUUGCUUGAACUCUAUUCUAUGAAGCUAGCCGCCCCAAAGGCAGGGUUGCUGGUGCUCCCAUUGAGAUCUCCAAGAUCACGACAAGAUCGGAAUGGAAGAAAGACACUCGGCAAUGAACUUGGGGUGUCUCCAACAAUGGACAAAAUUCUCAUCGCCAAUACCAUCGCAGAAAUGCUUAUAGUCAAUUGGAGAGAUGUGGUCCGACAAAUGAAAUCGCUCGGCAUGAAUCGACCUCACCCACGAUCAGUGAGUCCCCAAGACGAUGCCAACGAGAAUGGUUUUGUUAUCAGGAAACCACAAGGUUGGGAUCGGGAAUGGCGAGGAAGUGAGGUGGGAGAUCAGAUCCCACGAGAAGACAGCCCAGAACCGCCUACACCUACCCUGGGCAUAUCUAAACAGCGGUCGCACAGUCGUGGAAGUUCAGCCUCAAAGAGACUUGCAGCCAGACCCAACAUUGGUUGCUUAAGCCCAACUGUGGAAGAGAGUGUGCACGACGAGGAUAAGAGCCAGAGAUCAACACAAGCAGGGGAAGGCAGUAGCUAUGUUCAAACGCCGCACAAUUUGCAGAAGCCGACAGGUGCAGUUCACUUGGAAGACAGCAAGGAUGCGCCGGCAAAGCAUACACCGCAAAGCGAGAGUGUGAAUAUCGCUCCAACACCCACUCCACCCACAAGGACCAGAGGACCGAUGCAUCGAGAUGGUUCUCAUCUGUCUCAAGAUGAUGUGCCACCUCGGACGUCCUCAAAAAGAGGAACAAAGACAACCCCUAUUCAACAAACCAGUGCCGAGGAACCUACAAGCCAGGGCAAUUCAAGAGUCUCAACAAUGGAGACCCCUUCAAUUGAACGAAAGGGUGCCAUUAGGAAGAAAGAUCCUGGAAAAGGAAAAGCCCUAAAGCUGCAUAGACGGUCACUUGCUGUUGAAUGGACAAAACCUGCCAGGUCAUCAGAUACCUCCAUGGACAGGCCAGUCUCAAUCAGCCUGGAAUUUUCAUCCGAGAAGGAGGCCCUUGAAGCUGCACUAAAAGCACAUUUCGAGGAACUCAGAGAGUUGGAUUCGAUGGACCAGCGCAAAAGUUCAGCCUCUACAAAUGUUGAUCAGAACUCGCAGAUGUCAACUUUUGCCAACACUCCCAAGGUUUUACACUUCCCAAUCGAUAGACUAGAAGAGGACAGCGAGUACACUGUUCAAGGGGACAAAUCAACACGAACGCAGGCAUUACAAGAAGCCAACUCUGCCUCAACAACACCAAGACAAUUUUAUUCACCAAUGCAGGUACCAGCAAGUAUUGCAGGAGACAGCAGUUCCAUGGGGCUGGCCUCCCCAAAAAGCCAGGUCGGGACAUAG